UUUAUUUGCUUUUUGGUCAAGUUAGAGAUCAUCGCCAUCUUAGAUUCUCGGCAAAUCUAGCGGCACAAUUUUCUUCCUAAUAAAGAAUGAAAUUAAAUUCUUUUCUAUGCAAUUGCCACAAAUAUGGCAAUUCAUUUCCCUUGAAUUCAAAAUAAAAUUCCUUUUUACCCCUAAAAUUCACUAAGAGUUAGGGUUUGUACUUGGGAAUGCAUGUUGAAUUCAUGUUGUAAAUUGAUGAUUUUGUGACACUUCGAUCUUCUCAAGUUACUUCGUAGGUUCUGUGAUCCUUGUGUUAGUUCUCUGAUAUACCUUCUGUAAUUUUGUUCUGGAUUUAGAGAAUUUGAAUGCAAAGUCUAGGUUUUGCUGCUCUACUGUGAUCGACCGUUAUUUGAUUGCUUUGGUGGGUUUUGAUCCUUUUUUCCUCAGAUGCAGCCUGAUCAACGAAGAAAGGCAUCUGAAGAUGUAGAUUUCUUCACAGAAUACGGUGAGGGGAGUAGGUAUAGAAUAGAGGAAGUAAUUGGGAAAGGAAGCUAUGGUAUCGUCUGCUCGGCAUAUGAUACUUAUCUUGGUGAGAAGGUUGCUAUUAAGAAGAUUAAUGAUAUAUUUGAACAUGUAUCUGAUGCCACACGCAUCCUUCGCGAGAUCAAGCUUCUUAGACUCUUACAUCAUCCAGACAUUGUGGAAAUCAAGCAUAUCUUAUUGCCUCCUUCCAGACGAGAAUUCAAAGACAUAUAUGUUGUUCUUGAACUCAUGGAAUCUGAUUUACACCAAGUUAUUAAAGCAAAUGAUGACCUGACACCAGAACAUUAUCAGUUUUUCCUUUAUCAGCUUCUUCGAGGCUUAAAGUACAUGCACACAGCAAAUGUCUUUCACCGAGAUCUAAAACCAAAAAAUAUCUUAGCAAAUGCCGACUGUAAACUCAAGAUCUGUGACUUUGGUCUUGCGAGAGUAGCCUUUAAUGAUACCCCCUUUGCUAUAUUUUGGACAGAUUAUGUUGCGACUAGAUGGUACAGGGCUCCUGAAUUGUGUGGAUCCUUUUUCUCUAAGUACACACCUGCGAUAGAUAUAUGGGGCAUUGGUUGCAUUUUUGCAGAACUUUUAACUGGUAGACCUCUCUUUCCUGGAAAAAAUGUAGUCCAUCAAUUGGAUCUGAUGACUGAUCUGUUGGGAAUACCAUCUCCCGAAGCCAUAGCCAGGAUACGGAAUGAGAAGGCUCGGAGAUACUUAAGGAGCAUGCGGAAGAAAAAACCUAUUCCUUUUUCCCAAAAGUUCCCAAAUGCAGAUCCCCUUGCAUUGGAUUUGUUAGAAAGAAUGCUAGCAUUUGAACCCAAGGAUCGACCAUCUGCCGAAGAGGCUCUUGCAGAUCCAUAUUUUAAGAACUUGGCCAAGGUUGAGAGAGAGCCUUCUGGUCAACCAGUUAAGAAAAUGGAAUUUGAAUUUGAAAGACGAAGGAUAACAAAGGAAGAUGUACGAGAGUUGAUAUAUCGGGAGAUUCUUCAAUACCAUCCAAAGAUGUUGAAAGAGUACUUGGAGGGAUCAGAACCAACAGGCUUCAUGUAUCCAAGUGCUGUUGACCAAUUUAAAAAGCAAAUUGCUUAUCUUGAGGAGCAUUGUGGAAAUGGUGAAACCAUUGCUCCACCUGAGAGGCAACAUGCAUCAUUACCCAGAUGCAGGCCAUGUGUAUUAUAUUCAGAUAGCUCGACACAGAAUACAGAAGAAAUCACAAACAAUUUCUCCAAUGUCUGCAUCAAAGAAGUAGCGAAGCCCAGUGUAGAAGAGAGGGGUGGAGUCCCUGUGACAAGGCUUCCUCUCCAAGUUCAGCAAAGUGUCCAAGGAGGUGCUGCAAGGCCUGGGAAAGUCGUCAGUUCAGCAUUUCGUUACAACAAUUCCAGAUCACUGGCGGUGGCAGCAGGGUCUCUUGAACGGCAAAAGAUGGUCAGAAAUCCAUCUGAUCCAACUCAAUAUGCUGUUUCUAGCUUUUCAAACUCUAGAAGAAACCCGGUUUUAAAAAACAGUAGGGGAAACAAUGGCGUUGAAGGAUCCAACGAGCUGCAACCAAAGCCUCAAUACAUGGCAAAGAAAGAGGCUGCCACUCAAGGUGGAUCUCGAAGUCACUUACAUUGACAACAUCAUGUUCGUUCUCGGGAGUUUUUGUCGUGGCAGCUGCAUUAUUCCCACAUGCAACUAAUGAUGGGCCUCUUCAGAUCUGAGCUGUAAACUCUUGGAAGGAAGUGGCAGAAUUAUAGAUGCUAGCUUAUAAGCACAAGCACUUGAAAGACUCGAGCAUGGGACUUUUGUUGUUGAAGGUGGUGUGGUGUUAGCUUCAACUUGGAAUAUAGGUAAUGAAGCUGACUGCUCAACAUUAACAUCAAAAUAUGUCACCAUUAAAGAAACAAAUGUUCAUCAGUAUAGCUUUUGCUUCACCCACCUUUGAUUCGUGUCUAUGCCAUCUAAUGUUCCAAGAGUCUCGCAAACGUUUGUUUUUUUUCCUUGGCAAAGGGGAACUCGAACAAGGGCAUACCCGCUACAUUUUUUAUUUUUGUAUAUUUGAACUGCAGAAUUGGACUUCACAAUUAGAUUCAAUUGAAAUUUCUCGCUUAAUAGCAAUUUGUCAAAA